GCCACUCCUCCAGCCGUGUGGACGGGUUUUGGACUCAACUGCUGCCCUGUUGAGCUGCUCGGAAUCCUCUUGCGCAUGGACUGCACGUGUGAGGAGAGGCCUGCGGAGGAUGGGAACGAUGAGGAGGACCCGGACUCCACGGAAGCCCCGAUCCGCAUCCGGGACACUCCGGAAGACAUAGUGCUGGAAGCCCCAGCCAGUGGGCUAGCGUUCCAUCCGACCCGCGACCUCCUGGCGGCGGGGGACGUGGAUGGGGACGUGUUCGUCUUUUCCUACUCCUGCCAAGAGGGAGAAACAAAGGAGCUCUGGUCUUCAGGUCACCACCUCAAAUCCUGUCGAGCUGCGGUCUUUUCUGAAGAUGGGCAGAAACUCGUUACUGUCUCCAAGGACAAAGCCAUCCACGUUCUAGAUGUGGAGCAGGGCCGACUGGAAAGACGCAUUUCCAAGGCUCAUGGUGCCCCCAUCAACAGUCUCCUGCUGGUAGAUGAGCAUGUCCUGGCCACUGGGGAUGACACAGGUGGCAUCCGGCUCUGGGACCAGCGGAAGGAGGGCCCCUUAAUGGAUAUGCGGCAGCAUGAGGAGUAUAUUGCCGACAUGGCUCUGGACCCAGCCAAGAAGCUGCUGCUGACAGCCAGUGGGGAUGGCUGCCUUGGUGUCUUCAAUAUCAGGCGACGCCGGUUUGAACUGCUCUCAGAGCCUCAGUCUGGAGACCUGACCUCGGUCACUCUCAUGAAAUAUGGGAAGAAGGUGGCUUGUGGCUCCAGUGAAGGUACUAUCUACCUCUUCAACUGGAAUGGCUUUGGGGCCACAAGUGAUCGGUUUGCCCUAAGAGCUGAGUCUAUCGACUGCAUGGUUCCAGUCACUGAGAGCCUGCUGUGCACUGGUUCCACCGAUGGGAUCAUCAGGGCUGUCAAUAUCCUUCCCAACCGAGUGGUGGGCACUGUGGGCCAGCAUGCUGGAGAGCCUGUGGAGAAGCUGGCCCUCUCGCACUGUGGCUGCUUCCUGGCCAGCAGCGGCCACGACCAGCGACUCAAGUUCUGGAACACGGCCCAGCUGCGCACUGUGGUGGUGGAUGACUACCGCCGGCGGAAGAAAAAGGGAGGGCCGCUGCGGGCCCUAAGCAGCAAGGCCUGGAGCACAGAUGACUUCUUUGCAGGACUGAGGGAGGAAGAGGACUCCACAGCUCAGAAGGAAGGGGAGGACAGUGAAGAUGAAAGUGACUGAGGGGAUGAAUUGAAUCUCUGGCUGGGUCCUCAGUGGGGAAGCCUUGGGGAUACCAGAGAGGCCAUUUAUUUAUAAUACGCUUGUGCCAUGCACAAAAAUGCAUAGCUGGAGGCUCAGGACCAAGGGCACCGAGGUAAGGAAGCACUUGCCCUUUGGCAGCUGCUCACUCUGUCAGUGUUUAGAAAAGCCCACAGCUGGGGCAAGACAGCACGGACACAGGUGUACGCGAACCAGGGGUUUAAUAUAAAUACAACCAGCACAGAAAACCCAAAUUCACACAUACACCGUAACCAUAAUGUAAAAUAGUGGGGACAAAAGGCAGAUUUCUGACCCUCUGGCUCAGCCAUACCCCAAAUAAAAUCAACAAAGAUGGACAGAUCAACAAAA